AUGGAGGAUGAAGCCCAAUACUAUGACAACGGCUGGGCCGAUGAUGAUGAGAACACGGCCUAUGCAGUGAAUUCAAACAAACAUCUCAAUGAAUUACAGCGACUCUCGGCAUUCCAGCAGGUGACGACAAAAGUACCACCCUCCUACGAUGGUAGGGGCAGCUGGUUCACCUACGAAGACGCAAUCGAUGAUUGGUGUGACAUCACGGAGCUGGAGAAGGAAAAACAAGGACCAGCACUUCGAAACCGUCUUGAAGGUGAUGCCGCGAUCUACAGGAGCUUGCUGGAUAGAGAAAGGCUGAAGGAUGCCAACACAGGUGUGCAGUACUUCAAGUCUUUUCUGAGGCCCCUCUUUGUCAAGGGUGCCCAGAAUGUGUUUCUCUAUCGCUUCCAGCAGUUCAUGAACAUCCACAGAGGCAACAGAAGUUUCCUCGUCAUUGAGGAAGGAUACCUCGAAGACAGCUACGGCUUUUGGUGCGAAGAUGACGAUGAUGGCACCGAAGGCUUCUUGGACGCCUACGAAGACUCCUUUUGGGUGUACGACGAAGAGAACGAAUCCUGGUUCCAGAGGAGAUUCCAAGGUAGAACAGUCCGUAAAGGAACUGGCAAAGGAAAGAGACGCCGAAAAGGCGGCAAGGCGAAGGGCAAAAGAGCCCGUCGCUUCUUUCGCCGCAAAGGAAAGAGAUCUCAUUAUACUGCCCAGGACACCUCGGAAUCAUGGCAAACGUCAGACAACACCUGGAGCGAUAGCACGUGGUGGUCCAAUGACAAUGGCUGGUAUGAACCCUGGCAAGGCGAAUGGCAUCAAGAUGGAGAUGAAGAGUACUUUGCCUUCAAAGGAAAAGGAAAGAAAGGAAAAGGCAAGAAAGGAAAAGGAAAAGGCCAUGGAAAACAUGGAAAAGAUGGCGAUCAACAAGCCAACAUGGCCGAAGAUACUUCCAAAAAUCAAGUACAAUCAACCUCUUCAAUUUCCAAUCCGACACCUACCAUAGGUAGUACCUUUUUCGUAGUUGGUUGCCAGACAGAGGAAAUGGAAGGCUCUGUCUCAGCAGAGGUAUCCAAGGAGUUCUGCUGUGCAAGUAACGAUGACAUGGAAGGCUCUGUCUCAGCAGAGGUAUCCAGAGAGUCUGGUUGGACAACUGAGGAAAAACUGGAAAGCUCUGUCUCAGCAGAGGAAUCCAAUGAAUUUAGUUGGACAACUAACGACGACACUCUGGGCUACCUUGUGAAGGAGAUGCAGCCAACACUUGCGGUCCUCGACCUCGGUUGCACUUGUGCAAUGGUUUCGAGGCAGGGUGCGCAAAGUUUCAUGGAGUAUGUGGACCAGCGUCCACAUUGUGGCUUGUGGUACAAGCGUAAGGAAUCGAUCUCUCAGUUCUCCUUCGCCAAUAGCGAGCAGGCUAAGUGCAAGGAGAAGGUCGUGAUCUGCAUGUACGACAAGGAUUACGCUGAGCAAGCCACUGAAUUCGACAUUGUGGAGCAGGGCAACGUUCCCUUCCUCAUGUCACUUCCGCAGAUGAGAAAUUUGCGUUUUCGUCUUGAUCUUUCUCCUACGAAGGCCUUACUCAACAGCUCUCCUCUAGGAAUUAAGAACCUUGAGCUCAAUACAUCCAAGAGUAGUCAUUUAGUUUUUGACCUCCUGGAUUUGGCUUCGUUCAUGUGGAACGUCAAGUUCCCUCGAACCCAUGUGAGCUUCUUGGUCAACAGUUCCAUCAACUAUGACUUGAGCAACUGCACCUCGGUCGACGCUUUCGCCGUCGAGGACGAGUGGGUCUUGGAUGAAAAAGAGAUGAAGUUGAUGAGGAUCCACAAGAAGGCACGUUCGCAGAUUUUUGUUCCAGUUCAAUCAACUGUUCUUAUUCCUUUUGAAUUCCUAGAUUCCCAAAGGGAAACUAGUUUCGACUUUUUCGAUGGUUCAAAGGAUAGUCAGGUAGAUGACUGGAAAAGUACGUUGGGCAAAGCCCAGCACCGUACGGAAAAGCAGUGGGAAGGUAGAACUGUUUUUAAGAUCUUACCGGGUGGACUUGAGCGUAAGUCAACGAAGAUCUCUGUUAGGAGCACCGGGCCAAACAGGCGCGGUAACCCGGAAGAUCAAAUCACCGGAAACUCGUCAUCGUCAGGCGCCAAGAAGUUUCAGGCACCAACGUCCAGAAUCAGGAAGAAGACUGAGGGCACUCCAGUUGCGCCUCCUGGACGUGAGAAGGUCGGAAGCGGUCCCUCCGGAUCGGAACCGAAACCUUUCUCAAUGGAAUGCCAAAAAUGGCAGACCUGUUUCCAGAUGAGCCUAUCCCGGCACCCGGAAGGGAAGAUACAGAACCCAGGCGGAUAG